AUGGCCCCUGUCCCUCGCGUCUACUCCAAGACCUACAAGGUCCCCCGUCGUCCUUUCGAGUCGGCUCGUCUUGACUCGGAACUGAAGGUUGUCGGCGAGUACGGCCUGCGCAACAAGCGUGAGGUGUGGCGUGUCCAGCUCACUCUGUCUAAGAUUCGUCGUGCCGCUCGUGAGCUGCUCACCCUCGACGAGAAGGACCCCAAGCGUCUAUUCGAAGGUAAUGCUUUGAUUCGUCGUCUGGUCCGUAUCGGUGUGCUCGAUGAGUCCCGUAUGAAGCUCGAUUACGUCCUCGCCCUCCGUGUCGAGGACUUCUUGGAGCGUCGUCUGCAGACCUGCGUGUACAAGCUUGGCCUUGCUAAGUCCAUCCACCACGCCCGUGUCCUGAUCAAGCAGCGUCACAUUCGGUAUGGAAAGCCUUUAUUUUUCAUCGCGUAUCCAGAAGUUUGUUUUGUUAACCUGUUGGAAAAUAGUGUCGGCAAGCAGAUCGUCAACGUGCCUUCCUACAUGGUCCGCCUGGACUCCCAGAAGCACAUUGACUUCGCUCUCACCUCCCCCUAUGGUGGUGGCCGCCCUGGACGUGUCCAGCGCAAGAAGGCCAAGUCCGCUGAAGGCGGUGAUGGUGACGAAGAGGAAGAGGAGGAGUAA